AUGUCUCAGCAGAUUCAAUAAACUUUAAGCUCUAAGGCAAGUUAAGAGUAAAGUUAAGCAGAUAAAGAAGAAUCUAAAUAAACUUAAGUAGAAAAUUAAUAGAAGAAAACAUCAACUUAAGAAUAAAAUUAUGAUCAAAUUUUUUGUCCAAAGUUAGAUGUUAGAGAACCUACAUAUCAAGGUUUAUGGUACUCAAGUUAAGACUAUGAGUUAAAUAUUUAAUUAAAUGUUUGGUUAGAUAUGGCUAAAUGUGAUAUUACAAGUAUUAAAUCUAUAAAGGCUAUAAUAGCUCCACACGCAGGGUUUUCUUUCAGUGGCCCUACUGCUGCUUGGGCUUAUAGAUAUCUUAAACAAAAUCCUCCUACUUAAAAAUUAAGAGUCUUUGUUUUAGGGCCUUUUCACUAUAUUUUUAUAAGGUCUUGUGCUUUAUCUGGAAUGAAAACAUAUGAAACUCCUUUAGGAAAUAUUGAAAUAGAUCAAGAAACAAUAUAAUAGCUGCUUAAAGAAGGAAGCUUUGAAGUAUCUGAUAAAGAUGCUGAAGAAGAAGAACAUUCUAUCGAAAUGCAGCUUUGUUUUCUUAUUAAAACCUUAGGUUUAGAAAAUAUAAAAUUAAUACCUGUAAUGGUAGGUUCUAUUGAUUCUACCCAAGAAGAAAAAUAUGGAAAGUUAUUCAGCAAAUAUAUAAAUUAAGAAGAUACACUUUUCGUAAUAUCAACAGAUUUUUGUCAUUGGGGUUAAAAAUUUAAAUAUACUUACAGUACAAAAGAAGAUUGUGAGAUUUAUGAAUAGAUAGAGAAAUUAGACCAAAAAGGAAUGGAGCAUAUUGAAAUGAAUGACAUAGAUGCUUUUUAAUAAUAUAUUCGUGAAACUGAAAAUAAUAUAUGUGGCAGACAUGCUAUAUCUAUUUUGAUGAAUGCAAUCGCAAAGAGCAAGAUAAGUAAUCAGAUAGAUACUAAAUUUAUAAGAUAUUCAUAAUCAAGUUUGGUAAGAGACAAAAAUGAUUCAUCUGUUUCAUAUGCUGCAGCUGUUUCUAUAAUUACUGAAUGA